UUUGGCUAAAAGCUGCGAGGCUGAGGGAGGGCAGCGGGUCCGGGGGGGAGGCGGAGAGGCUCCGGCGCGCUGCUUCUUACUGAAUCUACCGCGCAGUUUCUUUCCAGGAACAGCAGAGAACAUUUAAAAGAGAGGAAAUGGCGGCUACAGGAGUGUUAGCAUGCUGAUUAGCCAACAUUAGCCUCGUGUUAACGCUGUAUGGGAAGUGUAGUUUUUUUAGAAUAAAAACUAAAAUCCAAUGAUAAAAAAUAAAUUACAUUACAGAUACAAGUCAUAACCUAGACGUGUUUUACAAAUAGUUAUUAUUAUAAAAAAAAUAAAAUGGCACUAAAUAAAUUAUGGACUUUACUUCCGGCAUCAAUGUGACGUCACGGGUCACGUACUCUGGUGCUACGAGUUCCACUUUUGCCACUUCCGGUAAAGUGAACAGGAAUCACUCCGAACUGUGGCGCUCUGAGAGUGCUCUAACUACAGGCGGGGAGAUGUUGAGUCCAGCUGCAGUGUUGAGGAGUUUGAGGAACAUCAGCCUGUUCGCUGACUCCAGGAGGAGCAGGAGGAGGAGCGAAGGUCCAGCUCAGGAGCUCAGUGAUGAAGAUUGUCUCCUCCAUCACCUCCCUGUGGAUGUCCAGUUCCUGAUCCUGACCUUCCUGUCCCCUCGGGACCUGUGCAGUCUUGGGGCUACCUGUCGCUACUGGAGCUGGAUGGUGCGUGACCCACUGCUCUGGAGGUAUCUCCUGAUUCGGGACGCUGCUCGCUGGAGCUCUGUUGAUCACCUGUCCACUCCGAGACUGCACUUCCUCACUGAGUCUGCAGGGGGAGACACAGAGACACACAUGGACACGGAGCAACUGGACUUCAUGGCAGAAUAUCUGCGUUGUUGUCCUGAGUGUCGUUCUCCACAGCGCUGCACUCCUCCGUCUGCUCUGUCGUUCUUCCUGCACUCUCUGGUGUCGGACUCGGAGCCGAGAUUCUCCAUGUUUGGUUCUGGUUUGGAGCAGCUCGAAGUGUCCCUCAUGACCGUCAUGAUGAACUCUCCUCACAUCCUGAGUGUGGCGGGAAUUCCACAGCGACAGAUUAACGGUAUUGGAUCAGGGAUCAGUUUUGUGUACGACGGCCAACACAAAUUCAACAUCAUCACUUUAUAUUCAACCAACAGUGCAGAGAGAGAGCGAGCACGUGUGGAGAGGUCGAGAGUGAACAGUAAACUCUUCGUUGAGGAGGAUGGUGAUGGAGCAGGACCCCGGUGUUACAGCGUCGCUCCUCAGUUCCAGGAAGUGUUCCGCUCCGUUAACGGCUUUAUUUACGUCGCUAAUGCGGAGAUGGAGACAGCUGUAAGGGAGGAUGAGUUUGCUCAGAUCAGUGCAGUGUUGCAGCCCGUCUAUGGUCCACCGUCUCGUCCUCUCCUUGUCCUCUCCUGUGUGUCCAGAGACGGAGAGACUCGCAGACCGAGUGCAUGUGUUUCUGUCGCUCAUCAGCUACAGCUCCACCUGCUGCCCAACCCAUGGAUGGUGCAGGACGUGGUGGCCGAGUCUCUCUCGGGUCUGUUGGAGGGGAUCACUUGGUUACUGAGACACUCAGGACUCAGGGUGUAGAUCACAGCAUCUUAUUAUAACGUGAUUCACUGCGUGCGUGAAUGGAGUUGUUCACGAGUGUGACGUCACACAAUGACUACGAGAACCUUGUUUACGUCUGAACGCACUUCAUGUCUUCAGACACCUGCUGGAUUUUUAUUCCUCCAUUUAUUUUAAACAUCACAUUGAAAGGAAUUCAGUCUGAAAUCAAAUCCCCACGUAACACUGCCAUGUUCUGCUCCAGACCCACAGACUGACGCGCAGAAGCUCGGGAUGAUUGAGUCCCACAGCAGCCUGCUGUUUAUAUUGAUGGCAGAUGUACUGAGAGGUGUGAGAGAGAGAGAGAGAGAGAGAGUGUGAUCAUCCCUGAGGAGGAGAGCGUGAUGGUUUACAGUCUGCAGGUCUGAGAGAGAGAAUGAAGUUUAAAAUGGUUUUUUGAAGUUAUUUUUAAAAAUGAAAAUAAAUGUGUGUGUUAGACUCUCCAUCAAACUGAUUUACUUCACAAGUGUUUUAUUAAAAUACAAAAUUAUAACGACAGCUGGUGGUAACCAUGGUGACGCUCUGUACGUAACCAUGCUGACCACUGACUGUGUUCCUAAAGUAA